AUGGGUGAUCUUCCCAGCUCUCGUGUUGUUCCCAGUGCUCCCUUUCUGAAGGCUGCGGUUGAUCUAGCUGGUCCUUUCACUGUCAAAGAGAGUAUUCGGCCCAAAGCUCUUACGUACAAGGCAUACUUUGCACUGUUUGUCUGUCUGGCAACAAAAGCUUGUCACAUUGAGGUGCUUACAAGUCUUUCAUCCGAAGAGUUUAUUAACACUCUCCAUCGUUUUGUUUCUAGGCGUGGAUUGCCUAAAGAAAUAUUCUGUGAUCAAGGGACGAACUUCAAAGGUGCUGCGCGACGAUUGAAGGAAAUUGUUGAAUUUCUCAGAUCAUCAGAAAAUCAAUCCGACGUCUGUGAUGCUAUGUCAUCUAAAAGCAUCCAAUUUCGUUUUAAUAUUCCACAUGCUCCUUUCAUGAAUGGAAUCUGUGAGUCUAAUAUUAAAAAUGUGAAAUUCCAUUUGUUUCGUGAAGUGGGAAAUUCGGUCCUAACUAUUGUUGAGCUUUCCACUCUGUUGGUGAAAAUUGAGGCGAUACUCAAUUCGAGACCAUUGUAUGCGCUCUCUUCAUCUCCUGAUGACUACGAGGCGCUGUCUCCUGGACAUUUCCUUGUUCAUCGCCCUCUGUUGGCAGUUCCUGAAAUUGACGUGAGUGAUGUCAACGAGCACAGACUGUCUCGUUGGGAAAAGGUUAAUCGCUUCACUCAGAGAUUGUGGAGGAGGUGGGAGAGUGAAUACCUCCACACUCUUCAACAGAAGAAUAAGUGGUUUGAGAGUGACACAAACCUUCAGGUAGGGCAGUUAGUAUGGAUUAAAGAGAACAAUUCAUCACCCUUAUCAUACCCAUUAGGUAGAGUCACCCAAAUCAUAAGUGAUGCUAAGGGUAUUGUGCGCUCAGCUCACGUGAAAACUAACUCUGGUGCUGUCCUCGGUGGAUGGGAGAUACGGGCGGUCGGCGGUCUGGGCUGCUCUUUGACUCUAUGGGCAACGUCCUUGGACUCUUGGUGGUCUGCACACGGCAGUACGGUCUGUCCCUCUACUUGA